AUGCCAAUUCUAGUUGUAACAACUCCAGUUGUCGAUGAAUGCAUUCCUCCAUUCAUCGUACUUCUUCGUAUUGGAGCAGAUGAAAUCGGAGGAUUGUUGUUGGGUUCUCUGGGAAGACUUGAACUUCUUUUAGCCAUUGCAGUUGAAUAUGCAGGUGGACUUGAUGAUACAACUGAAGAUUUACAACACUACGAAUAUGACUACUUCACGAAUAAGCAAAAUAAGAGAAGCUCUGGAGAUAAUGGCAUCACAGCUGACGUAUUUGUUAUAACUGAAGUUGUUGUGGUUGUUGCAGAUUGUGGUCGACGAACUGAUGUGGAGGAAACGCCCAUUACUGGUGUCUUUUUCACUGGAGAACUCAUUUAUACAAAUUUGAAAAACAGAAUCAAGAGAACUUACGGAUUCGAACUGGAAGAAGACAGGUUUCCAAUUGACAUGCGUGGAGCCGGAGCAGUAGAAAUUGGUGGUGGAGCUCUCGGAAGACGACUUUUCUCAGUUGGAAAUGUACUCGAAUUCGGAAUUCGGGCAGCUGGAGGAGCUGUUGGUGGACGUGGAGUUGUCACUGAUUUAGCUCCACGAUUAGCCAUUACCAAGGAUCCGACGUCUGGGAAUCAAUCGAGUUACUUACCCCAGGUUUAUCAAUUGACAUUUUAG